CUGGGGCCUGCGGGACCCCCCCGCCCCGGGGCCUGCUUGGGGGGAGCGGGAGCCCGCCCAGCUCCUUGGCCCCAGCGCCUCGGCCUGAGGGGUUGGAGCCGUGAGUCGCUCUGCGGGCUGGGGUGCAGUGUGGUGUCUUGCCCUGGGGUUCCCCCCCGAUCUUGGGCUGGGCUCGGCCUCUCUGCCCGCCCAGAGCCCCCCCCAGUUCGAGUCCGGGGCGGCAGAGCUCGGCGUGGGCUCCCAAGUGCCCUCUCCCACCCUGGUCCCCCUCCUGCUGGCCCGGCUGUUGGCUUGUGGCUCAUGCCGCUGUCGGGUCGCCCUGUGCCCACCAUCAGUUGGUCACUCCCGAUGCUGAGAUGAUGGUGGGUUCCAGAUGUUCCCCAGAAGUCCAAGCCCACUCCCUCCUUCGCUCCCCGUCUGCACAGUGUGGGGGUUUGAAAAGGAGAGAAAAAAAAAAAAAGGGUGGAGACUUGGAGUGUUGAAGGAGCAGGGAACAGUAUAUCUACAUCUAGGGGUAUAUUGGAUGGAGGGAAGUGGCGGCAUGGGGAUGGGGUUUGUAUGUGCAGUGGAAGAAAGGGGGUGCCCUCCCAGAUGUUAACUGUUGCUGGUGCCCCAGAGCUCCCAGUGACAGAUGGCAAAGGCAUCUCUGUGCCUGCCACUUGUGUCUCUCAGAAGAGAGGUCAUGUAUGAAUGACGUGCCAUGAUUUGGGGAAUAUGGUUGCUGCCUCCGGGAGAAACUUGCUCCAGGAGGCUCUGCGGAGUGUCUCCUGUUCCACAGGGAAUGGGAAAAGUGAACGUCUUCUGGAAAGAGCCACUUGUUGCACGAGGAGUUGUUCACAGGUGCCUUGCAGAGCACAAUCCCAAACUGAAGAAUGUGGCUUUGGAAACGCUGCAGACUGUGUCACGGCCUGACCAGGAGAGCCACUUUUGCUAAGAGAUCACUGGGAGGGACAGGCAAAGCAAUUAGGGUGAAAUUCAAGCCAAACUGCGUCAGACAGCUUCAGAAGCUGUCCUGCUGAAAAUCAGUUUUUCAACACUGCUCUUUGAGAUAUACUGUAAAAAGGCAAAUGAGUGUAUUUGCCUUUAACACUUGCCCUGCAAUAUUUUCUGCCUGAGUUUAAUAGCGUAGUGAUAGCAAAUAUUCUGUAUAUUGUAUGAAAGGUGCUGUUAAGGAUAUCAGUUACUUUUUGUGUUCCUGGUAGAGAUGGAAGGUAGUCCAGAAACGAUGAUACCAGCAUGGUUUGGGUGCACAACAGUUUAAAAGUAAUUGUUUUGUGUAAGAAAGAUAAAGAAUCCUUGGUGUCUGUCCUGGCACUUUGUGGGGCAAGUAGAGAAAAAAAAAAAACAAACAAAAAAACAAAGCAACCAGAAACCACCUUUUUGCUCUGUUCCCAAAGCAAAAAUUUUAAUUAGAUUUUAUCAUUGUCAUCAACCGAUACAAUACUUGGACUUACACUUAGUAAGAAAGGAUGCAGCUAAGAAUCAUUUCAAGAACUAGUUCAGGAGCACUGAUUUAGCAGGAAGUUAUUGAAGUGGGUGUGUGCAUGAGUUGCUUUCCCACCUUUGAUUUCCUGUCCUACUUAGACUUUUCUUUAAGUGGUUUAGUAAUCUCUGGUAUGCUGCUUUCCUUCAGGAAAGAGGAAUACUUUAUGUACUAACUUCAGGAAGGUUUUGGUGAUAGGAACAAACCAAAUAAGUUAGGAAACAUUAACAGAACGAGAAAAAGCAGCCUAAUAUGCUGUAGUGGGGUAAUUAGCCCUCUGUGAGCAUUGGGGGGCACUGGGAAGGGAUGCUCAGCGGUGGCAGUUGGGGGGGGUGUGUGUCUGAGAUGAUCCCAGGGGCACUUGGAGGGGGAGACCUUCGGGCUAUGAAAAGUAGCUUUGGAAGUUUGGGCCCUGUGAAGGGAAGUCAACCUGGCAGAAGCUUACCUGAGGUUGCAAAACACUGUUCUGUCUGUUCUUUCCCCAGCUUUUGCAAAUCGUCGGGCGACACACCUCCAGCAAAGAAGAGAAAAUCAGAUCAUACCACCUCUCAAGUUAAAGAGAAAGUCAAAGAAGUCUCUACUCAGGUGAAGUUGCCAACUAGGGCGACCAAGCGCCGGAGGCCUUCAGGCAGCGAUGAUGCUUCCAGCACAGAGUCUGGGAAAGAGACUUUUGAACCAGCAGCUAAAAGACGAAGGCUCUCUACGCUAGAUGAGGAAACACUACAAGCUGGUUUGCUGCUUGGUCAAGUCCAAGGCUCCAAGGAACCACCGAUGACUUACCUGGAAGCACCAAAACUUGGAGGAGAUGUCUAUCCGUGUGCACCACCAAUGACCAGUGUCAAAUAUAUUGAUGUUUGCUGCCCAGAGCCUCAGGACAUUGAAAUGACGAGCUGCUCCCCACCGCCAGAAGAACUUCAGGAAAGAGCAGUGGAACAAGCCGUUGCAGGGAAAAACAAUGGAGCUGCUCUUGAUGUGGAAAAAAAGGAACUCCCAAGCUUGGAAAAAACAGUAGAAGGCUUUAUUCCGCUCACAGAGGUACCAUAG